AUUUUUCAAAAUGGCGGCUGUUCCAUUUAUGUUUGCAUCACCAAUAGACACAAAAUCUCUGAUAGUUCUUGAUUAACUAAACUCGCACAGUUAAGUGAUGGAUAAAUGCGCCGAUCCUCUUCUCUAUAUUGAGGAGUUAUUGGAUUCGCGUAUCAGGGAGUUUCUCUCAUCACCAUGCUCAGUAAAUUUCAGCUUGAAAUUGAACAAGCGCCAUGGUCGUAAAACAACUUGUGCGGAUUUUGUAAUUCCUGCAUUCACGCGGAGAUUAGAGAAAUCUCCUGAACAUCAGGGCAAGGUUGACUUCUUGUCAAUUGCAGACAAGCUUCUUGGAGAUGAUUCUUGUAGUAAAAGAGCCUCAAGUAUAAAGACUUACUUCAACAAAUUGGAUUUAAAUUCAGGCCACUUAACAAUUACUCUUAACAGAAAAGCAGUCACAAAAGCUAUCAUAGGAAACGUAUUGAAUCGUUCAAAGCAGUAUGGAAGUGGUCAGGGGUUGCAAAAGUCUUGUCAAAACUGUGGGAUAGUGGUUGUUACUGACACAGUCCUACAACACUCCACAGAGGCACGUUGUGUUAGUCUUGAAGAUCUGAGGACUGUCACAACAGCUAUGCAUGUGUCACAGUUAUUAAAACUACAUGGGGUAGGCACUGACGCAGUGCACGUUGCACCACCACAGUCCUCAAUGAAAAGCUCAAAAGGUGUACCUGAAUUACUUCCACUCUUCAGCUCUUUCUACUCGGAGAACCAGCAGGAUGACUUGCCCACUUUAAAAGACAUAGUAGGGAAAAUACGACCCAGGCUAGAAAGUCUACCACGUGUUGUACCUAUAACUUUGGAGAACAGUCCUCUCCCAGCAUAUGAAGAUGAAAAUUGUUCCAAUCAUGCUGAUGGAAAAUCUUCUCAACAUCAAAACAUACCCUGCUCAUCUGAAGCGUUUGUGAUAAAUGUUGAACAAUGUCUCAAGGACAGAAGAAUCACAGGGUUCAGUUCUACUGUCACAAAUUCUAAAGCUGUGACAUCAGACAAUCUCCUGCAACACAUAUCCUGUUUAGAGCUUGGGACAGCAAAAAGCACACAGGCAAAGGGUACAAUUAUCCAUGUAAUAAACUGCAGGAAGCUUUUUGCCAGCCAGACAGGGGGCUUGCUGUGGCAAAUAACCUCUGAUAAUCCAUGUUCCAGUAUGCAGGUUUUUAUCAGCCUUGGUCUUGUUUCUGCCCAAAAGAAUGGACAAAUACUUCCUGAGGAUAUCAGUGCUGAAACACUUCUAAGAAUUAGAGAAAAGCAACUCCAUGAGUCCUACUUUUUGAAAUAUGGCAGCCAGGUCACAGGAGAAGAGUGGGUGCAGUCCAUAAGAUCCAUGGCCAUCUCAACCAUAAAGAUUCAACUAAUGGCUGCUGCUCAAAACAGCAAUAUAACAUUAGAUAUUUCUGAGAAUUCACAGGAUUUCAGGCAGGCUACAUUUCUCCUCUACAACUCUGCACGGUUAUCAAAACUAUUCCAAAAAUUUGAAGAUGGUGUUACACAAGGUUUAUAUCCUUCCCUUCCAUCUAUCGACCAAGUGGACUUUUCAUUGCUAAGAGAUGAGGAAGAAUGGACCUUGCUUCUACGAUAUGUUCUCAUGUACCCCUCUGCAGUAUCUGACGCCAUCCAGCCUUUAACAAGUAACCCUCAGCACGGCUCCACCCUCACUCUCCAUACUAACCGCAUCUGCUGCUUCCUACUGUCACUCAGCCAUGAGUUCAGUUCCUACUAUGGCCGGGUCCAUAUUCUUGUGGAGCCCCGCCCACACCUCUUCCCACUGAUGUUUGCCAGGCUAUACCUUAUAAAGGCAAUCCAGCAGGUGUUACACAACUGCUUGGCCCUGUUGGAGAUUGAGCCUCUGACACAAAUGUGACCAGCAUUCCUCAUACUACGUCACAUGCAGUUAGUUACAGUAGAUAAGAAGAGCUAUGAAAUAACAUGCUGGGAAUGUACAGUUGCCGCCUCAAUAUGCUCUCAAAUGACACAGUUGUAUGUGAGAAUCGCGCUCAAUUAUUUGACCAUUAUUUUUUUAGCAAGUUAAUUGUAGUAGACCUAACAAUGCAUGGUCGAUGUUACGUGUAAGAAAUAAAUGUUCUAAAGAAAGGAACUAAAUUUUAA